AUGAAAAGAAUACUUAGAUAUGUUUCAGAUAUACAUUUGGAGAUGUUUAGAGAGAGUACAGGAGGCGAUCAACUUCAAAAGAUAGAGGGCCUGUUCAAAUUCGAGAGAGAAGCUGAUACUAGAUAUUUCUUGGCAAUACCUGGUGAUAUUGGUACUGUUGAAACACUUGGCAAGUUGUUUGAAAAGGUGUCACCUGUCUAUGAAAGAAUAUUCUACGUACCUGGCAACCACGAAUAUUACAACAAAUCCAGUAAAAAAGACUACAUUCAGACAAUGGAUGAGAUUGCCAACAAACUUCAACAACUCUGUCAAUCCUACACAAACAUCGUCUAUCUCGACAACAACAUCUUUGAACUCGAUGAAUAUCGUAUCAUUGGAAGUACCUUCUGGACAAAAGUAGGUAAAGCCGAAUCGCAUCUAGUAUUAACAGGAAUGAAUGAUUAUCGUAGAAUCUAUAUAAAGAGUGAUGAUGAUGAAGAAGAAGAAACAACAGCAACAAAGACAACAACAACUACUACUACUAAUAAAGUAGAAGAUGAAACAACAAAAGAGAAAGAGAAAAACAAUGUCAGAUUAUUAAAUUUUGAUGAUACCAACAGAUUACAUGAGGCAGCCGUUAGAUUUGUUUCGGGUGCAUUGAAAUUUACACCGCCUGGCUUUAAGAAUAUUGUUCUGACGCAUCACGCACCACUUCCAAGCAAUCCGGCAAAGAAUCAGUUCACUUCACACCCUAGAUUCAUCGGUCAACCUCAAAACACAGCUUUUCACAGUGACCAAUCAACACUGAUAUCUAAAGAGAGUUCCGCUUUGAAAGCAUGGAUAUUCGGACAUACUCAUCACUCUUGUAAAUUCCAUUAUAACCAAGUAUUGAUUACAUCUAAUCAACACGGUUACCUUUUCGAACAAACUGGUUUCGAUAUUAAUGAUUUUAUUCUAUUAGAUUAA